AUGAAAGAUCAAGAUGCAGUUUCUGAAGCUGCUGCUAAACGGUCAUCUGGUCGUAGAAGUCAAGUACUCGAUUUAGAUUCAAUUAUGGUUGGUAUAGAAGAAUAUUUAAACAAUGACGAUUCUGAUCAUGAACAGAAAACCGAUAAGCAUGUCGAUAAGGCUGCUACUGAUGUUCCAGUAAACAUUGUUGAUGGUGAACAGAAUGAAAAAGGUAAGAACGUAAUUGACCUAACUGGUAAGGACGAGGACGAGGAUGAAGAUAAAGGUGACGGUGAAAAUAGAAAUGAUGAAAAGUCAUUUGAUGAUAAUGAUACAUUGCCAACUACACAGGAAUCUUUAACUCAGAACAAGGACCAUUUGAACCAGUUUUCAGCACCUUCUUCUAAUCUCUCCGGGGAAACUCCGAUCUCCACCCAAGAUCACGUGCACGAAACCACUAAAGAUAAAGAUUCGCAAAUACCAGCUUCUAUUCAAGGUAUCGAGAAGGGUUCAGAUGCACCCGCUGAAAAAUCGAUUUCAGGUGAUGAUUUUACGCAGAAAGAUCUACAUGAGCGAGUUGCAUCUGCUGAAAAAUCAAUUACAAAUGAUGAUAAUAAGCAGAAAGAUCAACCUGCCCAGGCUGCACCCGCUGAAAAAUCGAUGUUAAAUGAUGACCAUAUGCAGAAAGAUCAACAUGAGCAAGUUGCAUCUGCUGAAAAAUCGAUUUCAAGUGAUGAUCGUACGCAGAAAGAUCAACCUGCCCAGGCUGCAUCUGCUGAAAAAUCGAUUCCAAGCGAUGAGCAUAUAAAGAAAGAUCAACAUGCCCAGGCUGCACCCGCUGAAAAAUCAAUUCCAAGUGAUGAUCGUAAGCAGAAAGAUCAACAUUCCCAAGCUGCACCUGCUGAAAAAUCGAUUCCAAGCAACGACCAUAUGCAGAAAGAUCUACAUGGGAAAGCUGCAUCAGUUGAAAAAUCAAUUCCAAGUGAUGGUAGUAAGCAGAAUGAUCAACCUGCCCAGGCUGCAUCUGCUGAAAAAUCGAUUCCAAGCGAUGAUCGUACGCAGAAAGAUCAACAUGAGCAAGUGGCACCUGCUGAAAAAUCGAUUCCAAUCGAUGACCGUACGCAGAAAGGUCAGCACGAGCACGAUGAUCGUAUGCAGAACGAUUUACAUGCCCAGGCUGCACCCGCUGAAAAAUCAAUUUCAAGCGAUGAUCGUAUGCAGAACGAUCAACAUGUCCAAGAUGCCCUAACUACUAAAGUGGAAAAACCAGUGAAGGAACAGCUGGCAAGCGGUAAAACAGAACAGACAGCUGGCUCUAUGGAGGAAAAAUGCGCCCGUAAAGAAGUCACCAAAGAUGAACCAAUUGAGAACAUAGAUGAACCAACCAAGGUCGUUGAAGAAGAAAUUAAACAACACCAGAAAGUCCGUGAAAAUUCCGCAGAAGAUAGCAGUUACCUCAAGUCAACAAACAAUACUGAAGAACGAACUGAAAACCGCGAGGGCUCUGCCAAGAAAAAUGCCGAGGGUGAUUACAUGAGAAAACCAGCAGGGAGUCCCAAGGAUUUACCAGAGACUCAUGCGCGCCCAUUCGGCAACUCCGGGAUGUCACAUACAAAAGAAACUCUCGAAAAGUCCGCGGUGCAGUAUGCCCCGCAGAAUGACAUAGGACCUGCAGAAGAAAAGGAACCAGCAGAACAGUCGAACAAGUCCAUUUCCAAGCGCCUACAAGGUGAAAAGGAUGAAAGUAAUCAAUCUCCAAGCGGCCCCCUUGAUCACCAAGGCCCCCUUACUACCCAUACUAAUAACUCUAGUCGUAGUAAUUUGACUGUCUCUGUUGGCCCCAAAACGGAUGGAAAUUCUGACAAAUAUAAUGACAAAUCCGAACAAGACGUAGAGAGUGAUAUGUCAGGACAAAACAACGCGGACACGAGGCUUAAAACCGAAGAACAGGAACGGCCUGAAGGUGCUUCCAUCGUUUCUAACGCUCAUGCAUCUAAUGCAUCUAAUACCGAGGGCAGUGCGGAAUGCGCCGUUGUUGGUGGUGAUAAGGACAGUAAGUCCGCAUCUCAUAUCGAGGGCAACGAGGGAGGCACCGUUAGGCCGCACGUUGCGAGAGAAAUAUCGACUAAUGAAGAAGACGGUUCCGACGCGGGAAAUCUAUCUGCUGCAACUGAUGCGAAUACUACCGAUGACUCCGAUCUCCACUCUGAGCGCCAUUCUACGUCCCUCACUAGUGGUAGCACUGAAAAUGCCGAAAAAUCUGCAGGGAAGCGAGAGGCAGAAUAUGAUAAUGGAAUUAAAGAUUCAAACCGAAACAAAGAUAAAUUAAAAGACUGCCAAGACAAUUAUGAAGAAACGAAUACAAUAAAAACGACCGAACAAAAGCAGCACCAAAAGCCACCACAGAUAACUCCGCCAUUGCAACAAGAAGAAGAAAAACAACAAGCCGUUUCUAAAAUCGAUGCAGAAACUGAAGCUAUUUUGAAAGGAUUAGAUAAUCCUCAAGAACUGUUGAAGGAAUUAGAAGCAGAACGCCGCAAAGAGCCUGUCUUUAUCUUAACUUCCUUGGCAGGAGGCGGCUUUCAUAUUAUACCACGCACGAAUCGUCUGGCUACCAUUCUACAAGCCAACAGAAUUGAGUUUUCCUACAAAGAUUUGGGCACCGAUCCACAGGCUCGCAAUCUGUGGAAGGCUCAUGCUCAAGGGAAACAAUUACCAGGACUAGUACGUGGAUCCGAUGUUAUUGGCAAUUGGCAGGACGUCGAAGAUGCAAAUGAGGAGUACCGCCUCGAAGAAAUUCUAUAUAGUCUUUAA